AUGAACCCAGCGAAUGUCAGCUUCCUAUACUACGUAUGGGUGAAUGGUUCGGUAGCUGUGAAACUGUUACUGGUCCAGCCUAAGUCACAGCCUAAGUCACACAAAGUAAAGGUACUCAACAGCAGUCACACCGGCUACACGACCAGGAUUAGAUACACCGGGGAGGACUCACUAUCACAGACUGGACAGCUGAGGUUUACAAUCUAUAAUGUAACUGUACAGGACGCUGAGAAGCCUACCACACCCACCAUCACCGGACCUGCCUCACCUGUAUCAGUUGAGAAUGUCACCCUGACAUGCUCCUCCGUCCCCCUGAGUCUACCCCCGGACCAUCCCCCACUGACCAUGACCUACAUCUGGAGGAGGGACAGGACCCUGGUAGAAUCUCGUGAUGAGUCUCCUACAGGUGGAGAUGACCUGACAAUAACCCACGUCAGCAGAGAGAACCAUGGAGAAAUCUACAGCUGCCAGGCCGUGGAGGAGGGCCUGAAGUCUAACUGGAGUCACGGACAUGUACUGGAUGUUCUCUAUGGACCUGACCAGAUACAGUUUGACGGCACAAGUGAAAAGCUGGAGGUAGAAGAAGGGAAACCUGCAGCUGUGAGAUGUUCUGCUGACUGUAACCCUGCCUGUACUGUAACCUGGUGGGACAUCUCUAGACAGACGGUGAUUACAGGACAGGGGGAGGCUGUGUUGUCUAUACAAGCUGUAGAUGUACCUGUGUCUGGACUGUACACGUGUCACGUCUACAACAGCCAUGGGAGUGCAUCACGGAACCUGACGCUGGAGGUCUUCUCACGUGAAGAUACUGAAUCUGGUAUCGUUUCCAUCGUCCCCGUGGCUGCUGUCUGCUCCGUCCUGAUCGUGGUCAUCGCCGUUGUCGUCAUCGUUGUUGUUUGUAGAAAACAGAGACGUGGAGGAAGGGGAGACAUUCAUAGUCGCGUUGUCACAUACAUCCUUGACGCAGAAACAGACGGGGGCUACCAGGAGAUAGAAGAGAGAGGAUACGUUCAUCAGCGGGAAGACGAAAACGACGGGAGCUACCAGGAAAUAGAAGAAGGUGAUGACAACGUCGACGACAUCGUCCCCAUCGUAGCUGUCUACUCCAUUAUGCUCACUGCUGUGGCAGUUGUGGUGGCAGCAGUUACUAUUCUUGUCUGCAAGGACGUAAAAGAAAACCAGGACAGAAGAUGUGGUGAAUAUCUUACUGUGAUGGCAGAGAGAUUGUCCCGUGACUUCAGUGAUGUACCUUGUGCUUCCAACAACGACGGGGAUGUCUUACCCCUACAUGAUUACGAGCGACUCCUGAGGGAACAGUUCCACAUCUACACGUCUCUCCACCCUUCAACUUCCUAACUGAGGACCACAGCACCAGGUGAAGCCUAUACUGACGGUACAGUUCCUCAUCUACACGUCUCUCCACCCUUCAUCGUCCCCCAUCGAGGACCACAGUACCAGGUGAAGCCUAUACUGACGAUACUGUUCCUCAUCUA